AUCCAGAGACUUCGCCAUGGUAGGCAACAAGUCUCAGACGGCGCGGCAUUCAGGGGGUUGCUGGGAACUUUAAAAAUCAGUUUUGGCCGUUCCUGCGAGUUCUGGCACAAUCUCAUCAUCUUCCAAAGCCUGCUUUGAAUAUUGGUCAGCCAUCGCACAGCAUGACGCCCGCCUUUGAUUUUGUCAUUGUCGGUGGCGGCACUGCCGGCCUGGUGCUGGCUGCCCGCCUUUCUGAGGACGCCAACGUGCAGGUCCUGGUUCUCGAGGCCGGGGAUGACCUCUCGACCGAUGCCCGAGUCAACGUUCCCGCUAUGUGGCCCCAGUUGCAGGGCACCGAGACUGAUUGGCAGCUCAAGACGGAGCCGCAGGUAAGCCAUGUUGUCCUGGCUAAUCAUCUACAUACGCCGGCCCGUUACUGACAUUGCUUGCCAUCUAGGGAGCGCUGGGCAAUCGGGAGCUCGUCAUCGCGCAGGGACGCCUUCUCGGCGGCUCCAGCGCGCUGAACGCCAUGAACUUUGUCGUCGGCGCCAGAGAGGACCUGGAUGCUUGGGCCAAACUUGGCAACCCAGGCUGGGACUGGGAGAACUUCUCCAAGUACCUGAAGCGGACCUACACCGUGACCGCGGGAUCCGAAACCGUCAACGACGGCGCCAUUCAGACCCACAUUCCCGACGAAGAAACCAAGUGGCCCAAGGUCUGGCGCGACACCUUGGCGGGCCUCGGCUACUCGGUCGACAACGACCCCGUUUCGGGCGACAUCUGUGGCGCCGUCAUGUACCCGGACGCCAUCGAUCCCAAGACCAAGACGAGGAGCUUCGCCGGCAAUGCGUACCUCGCUCCCGCACGGGACCGUCCCAACCUGACCGUAUGGACCGGAGCCACGGUGGACCGGAUCCUGUUUGACCAUACGGCCGAGGGCAUCGUCGCCACCGGCGUGCAGUAUUUCACCAGGGACGGCAAGCUCGACACCGUCGCCGCGCGCAAGGAAGUUAUCCUUUCGGCCGGCGUCUUUCACUCGCCCAAGAUCCUGGAGCAGUCAGGCAUUGGGGAUGCAAAGCUGCUGCAGUCUCUCGGCAUCGACGUGGUCGUGGAUAAUCCAUACGUAGGCGAGAACCUGCAGCACCACCCUAUAAGCUUGCUCUCGUUCGAGACGGUCGACGACGGCAAAGAAGGUUUCGACACCCUCGAUGCCAUCGCCAGGCAGGACCCGGCCGCCGUCGGCGCCGCCAUGGAGGCCUACACCACACAGCAGCGCGGCCCGUUCUCCAAGACCAACUGCAACACAAUGGCCCACCUUCCGUUCCCGGGCAUCGACACUGACGCCGGUAAGCGGGAACUGCAGGAGCUGCUGGACCAGUUCCUCCCGCCCGCGGCAGCCUCUUCCUCCUCCUCCUCCCUCGGAGGCAAAGCCACGCCGGCCUACACCGAAGCAGCCGAGUCCUUCGUGCGCUCGGUGCUGACCUCCCCGACCGCCGCAUCGGGCUACUACGUCGCCAUCCCGGUCCGCGCCCACCCGGGGCCCUCCGGCCGCAUGGUGCCCGCGCCCGCGGACAGUUCCGAGCGAUACUUCACCGUCGCCGUCCUGCUCACCCGCCCGCUGUCGCGCGGCUCGGUGCACCUGACCGCCGCCGCCGCCGACCCAGCCAGCCCGGGCCACAGCCACAACGACAACAACCGCAGCAACAACUUCAAGCUGUCCAUCAACCCCAACUACCUCGCGCACCCGCUCGACCUAGAAAUCCUCGCGCGGCACGUGCGCUUCCUGGCAGGCACGCUGGCGCGGGCGGAGCCGCUGGCGAGCCGGCUGCGGCAGGACGCGGGGGGCAAGCGGACGCCGCCGGGGUGGUGGUGGGCGGCGGACGGGACGUUCGCGGGGGCGGCGGACGCGGAGGCGGCGAAGCGGUUCCUGCGCGAGACGGCGGUCGCGUCGACGCUGUACGCGGGCACGUGCGCCAUGAUGCCGCGGGCCAUGGGCGGCGUGGUGGACGCGGCGCUGCGGGUGCACGGCACGCGCAACCUGCGCGUGGUGGACGCCAGCGUGAUGCCCUUCAUCACGCGCGGGGACACCAUGGCGACGGUGUACGGCAUUGCGGAGAAGGCGGCGGCGGGGAUUCGGGAGGGGCUGUGAGUGGCCCGGGGAGGACUGGAUAUUUGCUUUUCGAGGGAAGUGAGAGUGGGAUGGAUCAAUGGGAUGGAUGGCUUUCUCUAUUAGCUACCGCGGGUGACCGAAGACACACGCGGAUUGGACAUGAUUUUUCCCCUCCGUAACCGUCCGCCUCGAAAAGCGUCUCAA